AUGGCGGAGGCGGAUGCGGGGAAGGAGAAGAAGGAAGUGGUGCGGCUGGAGCGCGAGUCCGUGAUCCCCAUCAUGAAGCCCAAGCUCAUCAUGAAGCUCGCCUACCUCAUCGAACAUCAAUCCGACAAAGAAGAAUUCUUAAAGCUCUGCAAGAGGGUUGAGUACACCAUAAGGGCUUGGUACCAUCUCCAGUUUGAUGAUAUGAUGGAACUGUUCGCUCUCUUCGAUCCUGUGCAUGGUGCUAAAAAACUCCAGCAGCAAAACUUCUCGUCGGAGGAAGUCGAUAUGCUUGAGCAGAACUUCCUGUCUUAUUUCUUUCGGGUGAUGGAAAAGAGCAAUUUUAACAUAGUAAAUGACGAUGAGGUUGAACUUGCUCAUUCUGGACAAUAUCUGUUGAAUCUUCCUAUUAAAGUUGAUGAAUCAAAGUUAGAUAACAAGCUUCUGUUGAAGUAUUUUAAGGAGCACCGUCAUGAAAACCUACCUGACUUCUCGGAUAAGUAUGUUAUAUUUCGUAGGGGCAUUGGAUUGGACCGCACUAGCAACUUUUUCUUCAUGGAGAAAGUGGACAUGAUCAUAGCUCGUGCAUGGCGAGGGUUCCUUGAGAAAACGAGACUGCAAAAGCUCUUCUCAAGAAAGAAAAAUAGUAAGCCAAAGAUAGAUUCCAAGAAGAAUGAUGAUUUAGCUAGUGAAGUAGAAGACAAGGAGCUUUAUGUUGAACGCAUACGACUUGAAAUAAUGAAGUUAAGCUUUCAGAAUUUAAUCGGCAAGGUCACAAUUCAAGAGCCUACAUUUGAAGAGGUGAUUGUUUUGUAUAGGAGAAAAAGUCCAAAGGGCCAGGAUGAUAGAGCAAUUCAUGUAAAACACUUCAAAAAUAUUCCAAUGGCAGAUAUGGAGUUGGUUCUGCCUGAGAAGAAAAACCCAAGCCUCACACCUAUGGACUGGGUUCAAUUUAUUGUUUCAGUUGUCAUUGGACUUGUUACACUCAUCAGUUCACUGGAAAUGCCUAAAGCUGAUUUCUGGGUUGUAAUUGCCAUCCUUUCUGCUCUGGCAGGAUAUUGUGCUAAGAUCUAUUUCUCGUUUCAACAGAACAUGGCAACCUACCAAAACCUAAUCACUCAAUCCAUGUAUGACAAACAACUAGAUAGUGGGAAAGGCACACUCCUGCAUCUCUGUGAUGAUGUGAUUCAACAGGAGGUCAAGGAGGUCAUAAUUGCCUACUAUAUUUUGAUGGAAAACGGAAAGGCUACAAGUGAUGACCUUGACUUGCAAUGUGAGGAGUUAAUCCAGGAAGAGUUUGGCUUGCAAUGCAAUUUUGAGGUGAUGGAUGCUGUUCAAAAGCUGGAGAGGCUUGGUAUCAUUACAAGAGAUUCUAUUGGAAGAAUUUGCUGUGUCCCUCUAAAGCGUGCCAAUGAGAUCAUCGGCGCUACAACGGAAGAGCUGGUUAUGAAAGCCAGGCAAAGCUAG